AUCCCUCUUAAGCUAUGAACGAAUGAAGCCACGAAAGUGAGGAAGUGAAGAGUCCACAAAAGGUAAUUAUUAACAACCAGAAGACCUUCAUAAAUUGGAUUGGAGUCCCGAUUUGCUAGAUAAUUUAGAACCCUUAGGAUACAAACUUCCUCACUAGGAUAGUAUUUAAUGAUCAAUAAAAACUCUAUCUCAAAUCUGGAAUUUUUAGAAGCAGCUAGCUAUAGAGUUAUAGACAUUACCAAACAGAUUCAAUAUACCAGUUGCACCCGACACAAAAAGAGGCAACUCAAUAAACGAAGAAAUUGACCCUAAAAGUGACACUUACUCAAAGUCAAGUGUAGAGAUUGAGGUUAGAAAAAUGAAGAAAAAUGGGCUUAAUUGGCCUUUUCAUCCAGCCCAAGUUUUAUCAUGGAUCUUCUAUGCAAUAAACCUGAUCAGUUAUUAUUUAAUAAUUUUACCAUGCGUAUCAUCAAUCUCACAUAUUGGGAUGGCGAUCUUGUCGAUCCUCUACUUAAUUCUAAACUUAGCGGUACUAUUCUAUGCUUUAAGAGCUAUGAGCAGCAACCCAACUGAUAGAGAAGUGCUACUCAGCAGAGAGCUCAUGAAGAAAGGCAUCACUCCGGAAAAAGGGGAUUUAAAAUUGUACUGUGAAGUAUGCGAGUCCUAUGUGAAUGAGAGGACCAAACAUUGUGGACAAUGCAACAGAUGAGUUGAGCUAUUUGAUCACCAUUGUAAAUGGCUCAACAACUGAAUUGGGGCAAAGAACUACAAAACAUUUAUCGUCCUAAUCAUCCUUGUUGGAGCUCAGACUUUCUUUUAUUGAUUUUCAGGAAUAAUUUAUAUAUCGCUAGGCUACUUAAGCCGUCCGAAAGAUGUUAAGAGCGGUUUGUGAUUAAUUGAAAGGAAGGAUCACGAAGGAUUAGCUAUCUUCAUGACCACACUAGUCCUAGUAAUGGUUAUUAUCAGCUGAAUUCUUUUCAUCGGAAUUUGUCUGCUGCUUAAAUUGCACUAUAAGCUAACCAAAUACGAUUUUACCACAUUUGAAUACAUUCAGUAUAUGGACGUUCGCAAAGACCGGCUCAGAAGACUUAAAGAAGGUUUCAUUACCAAGGAAAGGUUUGAAGAACUUGAUAGAAAAUCCAGAGACCUCAAAGUUAAAAAGCGUUCGAAGAUCAUCAAAGAAGUAAACCAAGAAAAUGAGGAAGAAAUUUUUCAAAAGAUACUGCGCAGGAAAAGACAGAUGGAGAUUGAUGAAGAGAAUAAAGUUACUAACAUGCGGAACCUCACCAAGAAGCCCAAGGAUAAAUUUGUCGACACCCAAGCUAAUGUAAGAGAUGCAGGAACAGAAAGCCCGAACGAAGAAGAAAAUAAUAUUAUGGUCGACCUCGAGGAAGAGAAGCAGCUCAUGAGGAGUAAGAAUUAUAAGAAGAAAAAUAGUUUCUGGUGCUCCUCUACUUUCUGUAUCCCUUGCACUAGGAGAGUCGUUAGGGAAAGAAAUAUUAUUAAUAAAGAGGACUCGAAGAAGGAUGAUAUCGGCAACUCCUUUACAAAGACUAUCGUGAACAAUGAAUCUUUACAACCAAAUAGAGCAAAGAGCCAGAAAGUUAUUAGGACAGAAGAAAGUUAUAAGAACGAUCUCGAAGAUCCUCCCACCAUUGCUAUGAAGAAAACUCCAGUACCAAACCAAGAGACCAGCAUUGAAUAUAUUGAAAGAGGUAGAGGAAGAUCAUCAAACACUCCUCAUCUCAAUCAUCAGAACAGAAGAGAUGAGAUCACCCAUACUCCUGAAAUCCUCAACAGCUUCGAGAGAAACCUUGAAAACUCACAGUCAAACCGGAGUGCUGGAAGUACUAUUGUUGAGAACAGGGUUGGAUUCAAGCAUGAGGAAAUGUCUCCAUAUAACUAUUCUCUUCCAUACAACAAAAAGGGACGUCUCCAGCCAUUGACAAAGCAGAACAACUUUGUAGCAAAACCAAGUGAUAACUUUAUGCAUCAUUCUUUCAACAGAAACACUUCAAGAAUGGACAUGGUGUACAAAAAGAGUGAUGACAGUCUGAAAGAAUCCAGGAAUUCCAUGGAACAAGAUGUCCCUAACCCCUACGGGAUGUCACAGAUCGAGGAAGAAAGCCCGAGCUUUUACACUAAAAAUCAAGGAUAAUG